GACCAAGGAGGAGCAGAACAAGAAGCUCGGCGGCUACAUCGCCCUCCUCAAGGUUUCGGCCACGAAGACGGUGGAGUACUGCGCGAGAGAGGCCCUGCAGGUCUUCGGCGGUGCGGGCUACACCCGCACCGGUCAGGGUGAGAAGGUGGAGCGCGUGUACCGCGAGGUGAAAGCCUGGGCCAUCCCAGGAGGAAGCGAGGAGCCCACCGCGCCCACGUGCCUUCGUUGUGUGUGUGUGUGUCCUGGAUCAAUCGCUCCUCAAGCUGGAUUUUCGUGA